AUAUGCAUGUAACUUCAUGGUUUACAUGAAAAACACAUGGUUGUUUAUGAUUAUAAAUGUUUAAAGAGAAAUAAAUAAUUUUUACAAAUAAAUUAUGGAUAAUCGUCGAAUACAAGGACCUGAUCAAUCUACAAAUUAUUAUAUUUAUGCAAAGUCAGAUAAAUUAAGAAAUUUUGUGUCUAAUCAGCGUGAAGAUUGUAGAAAAUCAGAAGAAUUGCGUAAAAUUUAUAUAAAGACAAAUGUAGUUAGUCAAGCAAAAGGAUCGGCAUACAUAGAAUUAGGUGAAACAAAAGUAAUUGUAUCAGUCUUUGAUCCACGUGAAAUUCCUAAUAAAAAUGAAUAUAGUUUACUUGGUGAAUUGUAUUGUGAAUUUAAAUUUGCACCAUUCAGUUGUAUUCAACGACGUAAUCCACAGCCUGAUUCGCAGGAAAAAGAGUAUAGUGCUAUAUUUAAACGUGCUUUAGAAUCGGUUGUUUGUAGACCAGAAUUUCCAAAUUUUCAAGUGGAUAUUUUUGCACUAGUAUUACAAAAUGAUGGAUCGGCAUUAAGUGCAGCAAUUUCAGGAGCUGGUGUAGCUCUCGCUCAAGCUGGUGUACCCAUGUAUGAUUUAAUAUCUUGUGUUACCAUUGGUUUUCACGGUGAUCAAAUUUUUGUGGAUCCUACUUCUGACGAAGAAGAUUUUUGCAAUAUGCCUUCAGAAUCGCGUAAUUUAACGUAUAGAGAUUUAAAAUUACAUGGAAGUAAAGCUGCUGAAAAAAAUGCGAAUGAACAAAACAAAACAGAAGAAGGUAAUGAAACUAAAAUGGAUGUUAUUGAAGAAAAAUCAGAUAUUGAGCAUGGAUUAUUAACGAUUUCAUUAUUGCACACACAUCAACAAAUCAGUGAAUAUUAUCAAAAUGGUUCAAUGAGUUUAGAGACAUUAAAAAAAUUAACUAAUUUAUUAAUUGAAAAAAAUAAUGAAAUGAUACCAUUAUUACAAAAUUGUCUU